AUGUAUGUUCCCUCCCAGGCCUAUUCACCUCUGGGUGUUGACCCUGUGAACCACCACUUCCUUAUCACAAAGUACACCUUGUUCAUUUAUGUGAACACCAGUCAAGUCGAACACAAUACAAGAGAUUUUGCUCUUACGAGCCAACUCAGGUUUUCAUUAAGUGGAAACAUUUGGUCCUUCGAGCCGGAGCUCUCUCCACAUCAAGCAAGAUCCUUCUUGCAUCCUACUUAUUGCAUCGAGAUUCUUCUCACCUUCCAGGCGGUUUAUUGUUGGUUGCUCUUCCCGAGCCCUAAACCUGCUGUCAAGUCAUUGAAACUCUUCGUCCUGAUUCCUGGCCGGUCAACACAGAUUCGAGAUUCUUCUUCAACGUUGGGUCCAUCGACACCGCCUACUAUGGACGCUGCAGCUAUCACCACGUUGAAGAAAAAGAGGACGACGUUACGACAACAGAUCACCAGAGCUGUCACCAGCCUCACAGCCUUGGUCAACGCUUCAGGUUCACAGAGAGGCGUGAAGGCGCUGGUGGUACACCUCGAUGAUCUUAUUCUCAGAACCUCCGUCUUGCAGUCAGAAAUCACAGCCGUAGAAGAAGACGAUGAUGAAGCGGAACGACAAGACGCCACGCAUCUAACUUACGCUUCCAAGGGGGAUGAAGUCAUUGCAGCGGCCCAAGUUUAUCUGUCCAGUCGCGAAGGAGAAGCCGCAUCAGUAUUAAAUCCACUUGAUGACCAGCCCGAUCAGAAUUCGCCGCUGUUUCCUAUAUCACCGUCAGAAGCAGACCAGCGCGACCAAGCACAGAAGGAUGCAGCCAUGCAACGUGAGCAAGCCCAUAAGGAAAAGGUCGCAGAGGCUCAAAAGAAGUGUGAUGAAGUCAGAGCUCGGGCAAACGCUCUUUGGGAAGAAGCCAAAGCAGCACAAGAGGCUCUCCGUCAGCUGAAUCUCCGUCAACCAGAUCCGGAUCAUUUCUCGUCCGUUAGUCAACAGCUAGAGAAACGGUCUCCAGCAGCCGAGGAAUGGCGGACCAAGCAACGAAACCUGAACGUCAAACAGGAAGCUCCGGAUGAUUGGAUUGAUCUCUACAAUGCUGGCCUUCUACUUCCGGUCCAUAGCCAAUUCUCCUCUCGUUCUGCCGUCUCCGCGGAAUUGGACGUUUAUAACGGAAAAGCCGUUGAAUGGUUUGGUUGGAUCGACCUGUUUCGUGCAUUAGUGCACGAUACUCCGAAGACCCCAGGAGAAAGGCUGGCACUACUAAAACAUUACCUCAAGGGCGAAUGUCUGGAUGUAGUCUACGGGCUCGGUGGCGGAGAGACGGCCUACAAGCAGGCACUGGUGCGUCUGAAAGAGACAUUCGGACGAAGAGAUGUGAUGCGAGCCGCCCACAUCCAGGCUAUCGAGCGACUUGAAUUCAAGAAUGAACCAAGAGUGUUCAAACGUUUUGCCGAAAGAGUUCGGACCCAUCUCUUCGACCUCAGCAGGAUUGGAGCCGCAUCAUCAGCCGACAUCAUCGAGAAGGUCUGCUUAAGACUCAACCAGCAAGAUCGACUCGACUGGAACGCGGGACGACGUGGCCGUUUGGAAUUCCGCAGCCUCAACGAUUUCGGUACAUGGAUCUGUGAGCGAGCGUCCGAUUACCUCAACGCCUACAGCAUAGCCGCGGAUCAAGCCAACGAGACAGGAGGGCCAUCAUCAACGCCAAGAGGAGCCUUUCCACGUCGAGCUAAGACUCAUCAUUCGUCCGCAAGAGCUACAGAUGGAGGCGGAGCUGGCUCAACGAAGAAACCUUUUUGCUUCAAAUGCGAAAAGGGGCAUUGGCUUCAAGAUUGCGGAGACUUUAAGGCCCUUUCACCGUCGACGACGGACGCCCGUCCUUCAACCGCUCGUGUUAUUGGCCGACAGAGAGUGGCCCUGGGAAUGAUGAGGCUGCACGUGCAAUCCGCAGAUGGUAACUGGAUACUCGCCAAUAUUUUCGCCGACGAAGGCAGUGAUACCACCCUGAUGAGGACGUCAUUUGCGUCAAAUUUAAAGCUGCAAGGGCCGUCGCAGGUGUUGACGGUGGAUGGUGCCGGCGGAGUCAUCAACCGAUACCAGUCCAAACGAGUCCAGUUCCAGUUGCGCGCUGAAUCAGGCGAAAUCUUUACGAUGGAAGGUUCAACAAUGAAGAUGGUCGCCAGCCCCACUCCUAUCACGGAUUGGAAUAAAGAAAAGCAGAAUUGGACGCACCUCCGCGACCUCCCGGUCCGAGUAGUGGGAGGAAAGGUGGAUCUUCUUGUAGGUACAGACUACCUGCAUCUUUUGGUGCCUCGCGAGACCAGAGAAGGGCGAGAUUAUGAACCAAUCGCCUGCAAAACAAGACUUGGUUGGAUCGUGCGAGGAGUUACCAACCGAGGCCAUCAAGUUACAUCCAUUCGUAGCUGCACGAUCGCUGGCCAGACCCCCCUGGAUAAUUUGACAGCGGAAGUUCGUCGUUUCUGCGACACCGAGGCCUUUGGGACCGAAUUCACCGCCGGAUGUGUAUCAGCCGACGAUCGCCGAGCUCUAGCGAUGGCAGAGGAGAAGACCCGGAGGUUACCCGUCGGAUAUGAGGUGCCAAUUAUCUGGAAGGAGGGGGAGCCGGACCUCGUGAAUAAUCGACCCAUGGCCGCCAAUCGCUUCCAAAGCCUUCUCAGGAGGUUCCAGCGCGAGCCGAAUUUGGAACGAGACUACGAAAUGACGAUGCAGAAAACUCUGGAUCAAGGAUAUGCAUCGCGGGUUCAAGAUCCAGCGGAUGAAAAGUACUUCCUGGCCCACCACGGUGUCUACAAGGGCGUGAAAUUACGAAUAGUUUUCGACGCCGCCGCCUCUUUUAAGGGGAAAUCAUUGAACGACGCAAUGCUAAGUGGCCCUGCUCUACAACCUGCGCUGGCCGCCGUCGUCACUUGCUUCCGUCGGCAUGAAAUCGCUUGGGCGUCUGACAUCGAGUCCAUGUUUAGCCGUUUCCGGCUUUCAGCAGAAGAUUCGAAGUACUUUUGUUUCCUGUGGCGAGAUGCGGCAACGUCGGAGCCAGCGGUUUACAAGAUGGAGCGACUACCUUUUGGUGCCAGCUGCUCCCCUUUCGUCGCCAUCCGCACAGUACGUCAAAUCAUGGAGGAUGCCGGAUACGAAAAGAUGGCUGCCGUCGUACGUGAACGGAUGUAUGUAGACGAUUAUUUAAGUUCAGCAACAACCGUGACAGCCGCCGUGCAAGAGGCCUCCGCUAUGAAGACGAGAUUGGCCGAAGCGGACCUGAAUCUGCAGAGCUGGGUCUCCAAUUCCGAAGAAUUUAUGCGAGCCAUGGCAUGCGGGGAGAAAGCUGAACAGAAGACACAUCCGUUAGGCGACAGCGGCGAAGAGAAGGUGCUGGGAGUAUUUUGGGAUACACGCACUGACACGUUAGGCUUCAAGGUUGCCGAGAAGUCUUACACGGAGUUAACCCGGAUGGAGCUGGUUAGCCGAGUUGCUGGAGUGUUCGAUCCGUUGGGCACCGCCUCUCCAAUCAUCGUUAAGGCUAAGAUUCGCCUCCGAGAAUUAGGCCAAAAGGGCCUAAAGUGGACGGACGUCGUCGAAGGAGAGGACCGAAGAUGGUGGGACCAGUGGUUCGAGACUGUCCUCCAGCUGAACGACGUCAAGAUGCCGCGCUGUCUCUUCCCAGAUUCCGCCAACAUCGUCUCAUCUGAAUUACACACUUUCUGUGACGCUUCCGAAGAGGCUUAUGCCGCAGUGGUCUACGUCCGAAGCGUCUAUGGUGACGGAAGCGUUGUCGUCCGGCAAGUAAAGGCGACAAACAAGUUGGCACCAAAGAAGACCAUCUCCGUUCCAAGGCUGGAAUUGAACGCCGCUCUGCUGGGAGCACGAGUAGCCCGAGCAGUUCAAGAAGCUCUUCCAGCUCAUGUGAAACGAAGACGGUUCUGGACCGACAGUAGCACGGUCCGAAAUUGGAUACGAGCCACCGCAGCCGAUUAUCAAACAUUCGUCAGCAACCGCGUCGGAGAAAUCCAAACCAUCACAGAAGAAGAAGAAUGGAGGUUCGUGCCAGGGCUGUUGAAUCCGGCGGAUGCGGCCACUCGUUCCACCCUAGACGGCGUCAAUUUUCCUGCCGUGUGGCUGACAGGGCCGGAAUUUCUGAUGCUGACCGAAAAGGACUGGCCGACUGAUGUGGCUUGGAUUCCGUGGCUUGUGGUGAAAGAUGAGUCGAGGACUAGCCGCACCUUGCUUGCUUCCGUGCCGGAAUCGCCGGUCGUUUGGACCGACGUGAAGAUAGCCCCGGACGACAUCGCUGCGCUCAGUAAAAUGGACGGCCGAUAUUUGGAGUUGGUGAAGAGCUGCCAAACCGAAACAUUCGAAGAGGAGAUCCGUCGCAUCCGGAGGGGCAAGAAUUUGCCGUCUUCAUCGAACAUUCUGGCCCUAGCACCAAUUUUAGAUUCCGGCGAAAUUCUUCGACUCGGUGGUCGAGCCGGGCGGGCGCAAUUGCCCUACGACCAGUUGGAUCCGCCGUUGUUAUCCGGAAAGCAUCCUUUUGCCGCGACGGUGGUCCGUGCGUUCCAUGAACAUUUGAAGCACGUUGGAACAGAUUUCUUGUUGGCGUACGUCCGUCAACAUUAUUGGAUCACCAACGGCCGUGAGCUGGUGAAAAGAAUACGCCGUGACUGUGUCAUCUGCCGACGGAAUAGGGCCAAACCAGGAGAGCAGCUGAUGGGAAACCUGCCGAAAGCUCGACUGGAUGCUGGAGCGUUGCCGUUCACUCGGACAGCAAUCGAUCUGUUCGGGCCUAUAGAAGUCGGUCUCUACCGUAACCGCACGGCCAAACGAUGGGGAGUACUCUUCACAUGUUUAGUGACGCGAGCUGUUUUUCUUGAGUUGGUGCCUUCUCUAUCCAGCACGGAUUUUCUGCUAUCGUUGAGGAAGUUCAUCGCUUUGUACCGCCAGCCGGCGGUUAUUCAUUCGGAUAACGGGACGAAUUUCGUUGGUGCGGAACGUGAGCUACGUGAAGCUGUCGAGGCCCUACACGCCUCCGGAGAGGUUCCCGUUUUCAUGGAGAAGGCAGGGAUUGAUUGGAAUUUCCAGCCUCCACGUACACCCCACUUUGGCGGCGCUCAUGAGUCGUUGGUCAAAUCGACUAAACGCGCCCUUUACAACGCACUGGAGAUAGAAGGAAAGAGUCUGCGUCACCCAACGGAAGACGUCUUGAGGACUCUUUUAUAUGAAGUCGCUGGUUUAUUGAACACCAGGCCGCUCACAUAUGUGAGCUCCGAUCCCGAGGACUUCCGGCCGCUCACACCGAACGACUUCCUUAACAGAUCGCCGACCGCCUUCCCGCCAGCUGGAUGUUUCGAUGAUGCAAGCCCUCGUGAACAUUAUCGCUAUCUACAACGGCUGCUCAACUUAUUCUGGGAUAUCUGGAGGUCAGGGUAUCUGCAAUCUCUGGCCACCCGCAAGAAAUGGAAGUGGAACAUCGGACACAUAGUUCAAGUUUAUCCUGGGUCAGACGGCUGUGUCCGAGCAGUCGACGUCCAACUACCAACUGGAAUCUUCCGGCGAGGAAUUACCGAAUUAUGUCUUCUGGAAUCCAGCUCGGCCGGCGAGCCGGCCUCGGGGGAGGAUGGAUCGGCGAAAACGCACCCCGUCUGA